AGCGCAUAUGGCUUCAGCUCAUAAGCAGGGCUGCGGCCGAGGCGCAACAUGACGUCAACCCGCUGUAGCCGAUGUCCAGGUUUGGAGCGAUGCGUUUCACCUUGUCGGCACCAAGGCGGCUCCGAGCGUGAGGCAGCCGGGGCCUUUCCAGAGGAGGAAGAAGUUCCGGAGUACAGCGUUCAGGUGGAUGGCUUCGAGCCGGCGCGCCGCGGGCGGCACGUGAUUUACACCCUGAUCAUCCGGAGAGGUACCGCUCACUGGCCCAUCCGGAGACGCUUCCGGCAGGUGGUGAAGCUGCAUGAGCAGCUGCUGCAGAGUUUCGGCAGGUCCUCGAUGAAGGCUGGCCUUCCAAAGCUGCCACCGAAGGUGACCUGCAGAUCUGUGUUCUGCGGUCAGCAAGACCAGCAGUUCCUGCAGAAUCGAGCCCUCCAAAUGCAGGAGUACUUUGAGGCGCUUCUUCGAUAUAUUCCAUUCGUGGAUCAGUGCGAGGCUUUGCGAGAAUUCCUGUGCAGUGUUGACGUCAGCAACAUGAGCUACGAUGCGCUGUUGGACCUUGAGCAGGCGCUGGGCCGUGGGGGCCCAGAGCUGCAAGUGGACCCAGCGCUGGUGGCAGCGCUUCCAAAGCGCCAGGCCUUCGCAUCACAUUUGGGCUGCUGCGUAAUUUGCCAGGAGACCAUGGAGAAGGAUGAAGACGUCAGGGUCUUGCCCUGUGGGCAUGAGUACCAUUUCGAGUGCAUCUCACAGUGGAUCAAGCAAUGCAACACGUGUUGCGUGUGCCACAGCAUGGCUGUGGCUCAGCCGGACUGCGAGGAUCUUGGCAGCACCUGACGCGUGCGGCCAGUCCGUUCGGGCGAGUCGCCCCUGGGGUCAAGUGGAUGAAUUGAGGCCAAGCCGCCCAAAACGUUGCAUUGGCCCACUGCGGGGCGAGUCAACGCGGGCAGGGCGCACCUUUUGCCUUGGGAAUGUUUAAGCGAUGCGUCUAUUGGCACCUGGUCUGAGGGUGGCUGUGAUUCCAGCCGACUCUGGGGCUUGCCCAGCAGGGCAUGCUGUGGCACUCUUGAGACUUUAAAAGCCGCGGCUGGAGCUUUGCAUGGAGCGACAGCUUCAGGGCUUCCCCAGUGGAAUCCAGUCCCGUGGCAGUUGUAAGUUCU